GAUCCACGAUGGCGAGGACACGCAGCGGUCCCCGGCGGCCAAAUCAGGUUCAUCUCCUCCCACAGCUGAGUCAUUUUACUAGCGAUUUGCCUCGCACGGCCGUGACCUCUGACCCCUUCUCAUUUAUUUGCUCGGGAGACCGCCUCUCCCACCAUCGACGGCGCGUGCUCAAUGCCGAGAUCCGCUGCGCCAAGGCCAAGCUCCUCGAGGAGGAUCCAUCGAAGCUACACGCCGGCCACGGCCCCCACCACCAGUGAAUCUUCUCCGACCCCGUACCUCCCCACCAGCGAAGGCGCCGUCCUCACGCGGAUUCGCGUUCUCCUCCCAAAGCAGCCAUUCCUGCUGCCCCUCCAAGUCCAGGGUGAUGAAGCUCCUUCUCCUCAACCACGCCCAAAACGCCCCGUCCAGGUCCAGGAAAUCAAGGCGAUGUGGAAGAGAGAAGAGGUCCAUGGAGAAGAUGCUCUGCUCCACCUCCAACCCACCCUGCCUGCUACUACAGGAACAGGAUGCCAUGGAAGGACAGUUUGAGCUAUUAGUUCAGAUCGUGGCAAAAUAGUUUUUGGAGGUGAUGAUCAAUCUGUCGUUUCUAGAAUAAGCAAGCUUUUAAGCUUCUGGAAGAACUGAAGGGCCAUGAUGCACCGGUUAGCUUCUGUGCCGGUGAAGCUUCGUGCUGACCAUGGCUUCCAAAAGUGCCCGCCGUUGGCAGCAAGGUGUUUGAGAUGGUCUCCCUGUUGGUGCAUGAGGAAGAGGAAGAGAAGUCAUUGAUUUGUCCACCGAGGAAGAGGAAGCGUGAGGAAGCAUGAAGUCUUUGAUCUG